AUGUAUUAUUUUAAAGGCAAGACUCAUUCUCCUCUUCCAAAGUUGACUGAUCGUUCAUAAUCACGCCUUGAUAAGUUGAAGACUUUCUUUUUACCUGAAAGAAGUGUGUCAACUAGAACAUAUUCAAGAAAGACUGAGAACCGUAUGGAGUAAAAUUAAAUGCUUACUGAGUAUUAAGGAGAUUUAGUUGAAAUGAUUAUUCCUAAAAAAGCAACAAAGCGAAGUUGCAAUCUUAAGAAGGUUAUGCCAUAAUUAUUUUAAAAACCAAAGAUAGUUAUUAAAGAAGAAGAAUCUAUGAAUAUAGAAAGUGAUUCAGCACCUAAAUCUCCAGAUUCAUAAGAAGAGGUUCAUCUUGAUAUGUCUGCAAUUAAAUAAGCUAUGUUAUCAAUUAAUAAUAAGUUAAAUGCAGAUGAAUCAUUUUUUGCUUUUAUUAAAAAGAAAGAUAAAUUAAGAGAUAUUGCAGAGAAUUUUGGAGAUAUAGAAUAGAAUUAUACAAAUCCAGGUCAUUUUUAUUGUAAAAAUGAUAGUUUAUUUCCUAAAAGAAUAGACGAUGCAAGUCAUUUGAAAGAAGAUAAAUUGAUAAAUUUGUCGAAUUUAGGAGUAGGAGAACAAUAUUAUCCUCUAAUUAAAAUUCUAUUGUAAAAACAAUAGAAUAUCAAAUAACUUAUAUUUUAAGGAAAUAGGAUAAAUGAUAAAUUAUUUUUGAAUCUAGUAUAAUAUUUCCCACCAAUUAUGAAAGACUUAAAUUUGAAAGACAAUUAACUUGGCUCUAAAGGAGCUCAUAUUUUAUCUGAACAUCUUACUCGAUUUCAAAAGUAAUGGAAUUUGUUAUAAAAAGUCUCAAAAUUCUUAAUAUUGCCAACAAUUUGAUAGGUGAUCAUGGGGCUAAUUUCUUUCUUAAAAAUUUACAUAAGAAUGUCCUUCUUUGUAAAUUAAUUAUUUCAGAGAAUAAUCUAUCUGAUGGUAUUGGAUAAACUUUGUAUGAUUUAUUAAUUAAAUCCUCUGGUUUAGAAGUUUUAAUAAUUAAUUGGAAUUAAUUGGGUUCAAAUACUGGAAUAUUUAUAGCCAAAGCCUUAUUAGUUAAUAGAGUAUUGAAAGUAUUAGAUUUAAGUUACAAUCGAAUAGGAUCAAAUGAAAAAUCAAACUGUAUUUAAUUUUGGUGUUCAGCAAUAUUAAAUCCAUAAUUAAGUUUAGUACAUUUAGAUUUAUCUUACAAUUAAAUUUCUGAAAAAUAAAUACGUUAACUUAACGAAGCUUUAUUAAAAAAUAAUACAAUUUAUGGAAUCCAUUUGGAAGGCAAUAAAUUUGAAGGAUUUAUAGAUCCUUAUGGAUUUAUUAAAUUUUAAUAAAUUAAUGAAGAAUUUAGUUAGAUUAAAUACUAAAUUGAUGGUGUUAAUUACAUUCCUGAAUCAACUAGAAUAACAACCUAAAAUUGCUGUUGGAUAUGUUAAGGUUGGGUGGAACAUUAAUUUUAAUACAUUCCAGAUUUUGAACAACCAGAAAUUCCAAUCUUUCUUCAUUUAGAUUUCUUAAAGUAAACUUGAUUUUUCAUUUUAGUUUUAAACCAAUUCCUAUGACUUCAACUAUUGAACUCAAAGCAUAACUAAUUGAAUAAUAGAAAGAGUUAUUAUUAAAAAAAGAUGCUCAAUUAAAAUAAAAUAAUAAUGGUGAUUCAAAUACUACUAAAGUAUUAGCUAGAAAAAGCAGUAUUUUAACUAAAGAAAUACUUGAUGAAUUAGAUAAAUUUUGUUAUUCAACUUAUUAAAUGUGUCCACCUAAAUAAAGAAUUCUGUAUUUUUUUUCAGACCCUUUAAAUGAAAAAUAUUUUAUUGAACCUACUUAAGAUAAUAUACCAUCACCUUAAGAUAAUUUGAUUUUGUAAGGUAAAGAUCCAAAACAUCAAUUUCAUUAUUUUUCUGAUGGAACUGUUUUGAAAUUCAAAAAAAUUACUUCUGUUAAUUAUUUAAAUACUAAAUAAGAAUUUAUUAUAGAUGAUAAAAAUAAUUAUAAGCCACUUAUUAGAUUAUUUCCACGUUCUUCGGAAAAGAAAUAUGUAUUAAGAAGAAUGGGUAAUAAUUUAAAGAGAAAUUAAAUGAAUUAUCAUCAAUGGAAUAUUGAAGAAUCUUUGUUUCGUUAAUAAUAUUAAUCAGAUAGUGAAGAUAUUUUAACUGAAUGCUUUUAAUUUGAUUGGAGUUGUAGUAAAAUUAAUAGAUUUGUUAAAAAUGAUUAUGAAUAAAUGAAAUUAAAAGAAUAUUUAAGAGAAAAUUAUCAAUUAAUCAAAGAUAUAUAUAAAUUUUAUUCUAGUUAUGGAUAUUUUGUAUCAGAAUGCUUUUCAAUAUCAUUUUCAACAUAUAUGAAAAUGAUACAAUAAAUUGGAAUAAUUGAUAAUGAUUCUGUAAAAACAUAAGAUGUAGAAAUUGAUUUAGUUUCUAUUAAGAAUAAUAUAGAUCCAAAAUUCAUAUAUAAUCCUGAAAAAUCUUUAGUUAGAUUUUAAUUUUUAGAAAUGUUUUUUCGAUUAGCAAACGAUAAAUAUGUUAGAACUAAUGUUGUAAAAAAUCAUGCUGAUGCUGUUUAUAGAUUAAUUAAAGAAUUUAAAGAAUAUUUUAAAAAUUUUGAUACUUGUUAAAAAUGGAGAGAUGAGAGAUAUUGGAAUAAGGAAUGUGAAUGUAUAAUAUAAUUCAAAACUCCCUUUUUAAAAAAGCUUUAUGAUUAUGUUACUGACUUAAACAAUAGAAAAUGGUAUUUUAAAAUGAAAUGGGUGGCAAUUAAAGAAUUUAAAGAUUUUUGUAAAUAAAUGGGAUUAAUGGAUUAUAUAAGUGAAAAGUUAAUCAUCGUUAUUUAUAAUUUUUCAAUGAUGUCUUAAGCCGAUGAAUUAACUUAGGAUCGUCAUAUUAGAAUGACUUAAAUAGAAUUUUAUGAAGCAUUAGCAAGAUUAGCAGAGUACAUAAGUCCGGGACCUAUAGGUGAAUUAACAGAUGCUACCUAAACAUCUAGAUAUAGUUUACCUUUACAUGUUAAAUUAGAGGCUCUUUUAACGCACAUUUAUUUUAAUGUAGUCAAAAAGUAUAUUAAGAUUUAUUAUUAGAUCUCCUUAAUUUACAGUAUUCUAUGAUCUAUUUACAAAUAAUUCUAAAUAAGAUUGGUUACCUAGAUUAAAAGGAAAUAAAAAAAAUGAUUAAGAUGAAGAACCUUAAUAUGUGACUUAUUAAGAUACUCUGACUGUUUAUAAUACAGUAUUAUAUUGUGGUAUGAGUAAUAGUUAAUAAUUAAUAGCUAUGCAUAAAUAACCAUAUUUGAAUCCUAAUUAUUUAAGCUUCUUGAGAAAGGGUUUAUAGAUGAUGGAAUAAUCACCAAGAAGAAGUACACUCUUAUAUCCUAAAAAUGUUCUUCAAAAUUUAAAGCAAAUAAAGAAGUCAGGGUUUGCGAUGGAUGAACCUAAGAUUUCACCUCCUCUUUCUCCAAGAGCUCGUUCACCCAGUUUACGUAAACAGGGCAAAUGA